AUGUUAUUAGCUGAAGGAAAAUUUGUUUUAGUAGUUGAUAAUGAAGAACGCGAAAAUGAAGAUCAACUUGAAAUACUAUUGAUGGUGCCUAAUAGUAAUACUGAAAAAUUAAUCCAUCAAA